CCUGGUACAUUCACUGUAGUUGUUGGCUGAGUACCUUUUUGGCAACACUGUCAAGACUCUGAUUGAUCACUUAUGUGUUUUCGGGGCCCGCUUUAGUCCGUUUAUUUGUGUGUGUGCCUCAUGCACGCCCACGUUUGUACAGCCCCCCUGGUGCAACAGAAUUCGUGGAAUGCAAAGGAAUGCCAUUUCUGGACUGGAGCUUUGGUCUUAUUGCUAACAGGUGAGUACUGUGUUCUGUAGCGCACGCCUGUGAAAAAAAAAGUGCGAACGUAAUACGCUUCCAGAUCAAGGGAGGCGAUGUUACAUGCCCUUGUGUCUGUCAUCCUGCCCGUUCCCUUCAGCCACUCGGGCUGGUCGAUGUCGAGCGAGGUCAGCGGUGUGGAAGCAGCGUGAUCCCUGUCUACAGACUCCACCGCGCCUAAACCCUGCCCAAAUGAACCUCUCAAGGCUCGACGCGCAGCUAAGGGGGACUCGAGGAGAAUUAAGCGCAGCGUUUAACUGGCAGUGAAGUUUUUGGGGGAAUUGAAGAACUGCACGGAAAGUGAACAAAGGGGAGGAACUGGGCUGAGUGGAUGGACUUCGGAGACGGGACAUAAUCUUAUCUCUCCAUCCUUCUCCAUCAUCCUUUUCUUUUUAACGCGCGGAUGAUAAGGAGUUCGUCUGUUGGCGUGAUUUGGAUUAGUCCUGGUCUUCGAUGCACGCUACAAAUACAUUAGCGACCCCUUUACCUGCCUAGAUCUCGUUGAUCCUUUUGCUAGACGUCUUUAAUCCUUGGCGAGAGCUCUCUGCGGGAUACUGUGCGGUGGUCAAUCGGCGGACGUGUUCAACGGGUCUUCUGCGGGCGCAGUCAUGUGGCACAGAGUUCUGAUUUGCUGCGCACUACUUGCGCUGUACUCGGCGGCACCGCCAGCGCACAUCAACCGCCUGGCUCUGUUCCCCGACAAGAGUGCUUGGUGCGAGGCCAAGAACAUCACACAGAUAGUCGGGCACACAGGAUGUCAGCCGCGGUCUAUCCAGAACAGAGCGUGUCUUGGGCAGUGCUUCAGCUACAGCGUGCCCAACACAUUUCCACAGUCCACCGAGUCUCUGGUCCACUGUGACUCCUGCAUGCCUGCUCAGACCCAGUGGGAGGUGGUGACGCUGGAGUGUCCGGGCAGCGAAGAGACGCCUCACGUGGACAAGCUGGUGGAGAGGAUCUUUCGCUGCAGCUGCCAGUCCUGCAGUAAGGAGGGCGGCCAGGAGGGGGCGGUAAUGCAGCUCUACCCGGCCGAAGGAGCCCCGGAGACGCCGUCCCUCUCCGAAACACUGAGCGGAGUUCAGGCCCUCCCCCAUCCACUCACCGAUGCCCACACCAAGCAUAUCCACUCCCAGAGAGAGCGUCAUCACACACUGCCCCACACGUCGGACGGAGGAUAGGAGCUCCGAUGGGGUUCUGUGCUUCCUCACCACUUUAGACCUUAAAGUGACAUAUUUUACCACCAGGUGUGAGUGUGGUUUAGCCUGGCUCCGCCCGCCUAAGUACUUCCGCUCAAAUUUGAAUUUCCCUUCAGUACUAGGUCUGGACCUGCUGUAUGUAAUUUGGUUUUCUGGUGCCGCCACAGCGGCCCCCAAUCAGUGAACAGAGGGCGUGUCUGAGA